AUGGCUACGGCUGUAUCCUCCAAACGCUCCCCAGAGCAAAUCAAGGAGGAUCUAGAGCGAGAAUUCCUGUCACCACCCACCACGUUUAGUCCAGAAUGGCUGAACAAACUCCAACAACGAUGGGACUAUCAAUCGCCAGGCUACACCGAACUCUGCCAAUUAGCCCCUACUCAGACACGGACUAUCACCCGGUUCACAAGGGAAGGUCUUGAAGGUCGAGUCACCGGCUACAGACAAGUUACAGUUCCUGCGUCUAGUGCUACUGCAAAGAACUCGACUUCCCUUCUGCGCAGACCAGCAAACAGAGCGGACUUUGUGCGCGGAGCUGCUGGCUACAUGCCCUUUGCGCCUGGUGGACUGGAUGGAGUCGACGCCAUUCAGGCCUAUGAGGAUCAGACACGACUUGAGGAGGAGAAUCAAUCUUCGAGGAAGAAGACCAGCGGCCUUGACAAAAUCAUCAACUUUGGGGCGCCAGGUGGCCUCCUGGAGGUCCCACCAGGCUUCACGCGGGGUAUGAAAUUCGCCGAAAAGAAAGCUUCGGAACAAGAGGAAGCCGAAGACGUAGAAAAGACCCUGCAAGAGGAAGACGCCGAACGACCCGCCAAACUUGUGAAUGCCCAGCCGAACGGAGAGCACGCCCCGCCGCUGGACGGCGACGCUUCCAACAGUGACGAAGAGGAUGAAGAUGCCGAACUGGAUGAUCUUCUACCUGUCGAGUUUCCGUCUCUCGAGCCUCGUGGCGAUCUGUUGUCCUCGUCUAGCAUGAAACCCACUAGGGAAUGGGCUCAUGUGGUCGACGUGAACAAAGACAUUCCCAACUUCCACGAGUUGGUGCCAGAUAUGGCUCGGACGUGGCCCUUUGAAUUGGACACCUUUCAGAAAGAGGCUGUGUAUCAUCUCGAAAGUGGUGACUCAGUGUUUGUUGCAGCACAUACAUCGGCUGGAAAGACUGUAGUUGCCGAAUAUGCUAUUGCAUUAGCUGCAAAACAUAUGACAAAGGCGAUAUACACUUCUCCCAUCAAAGCCUUGUCCAACCAGAAGUUCCGAGAUUUCAAGACCGUCUUUGACGACGUUGGCGUCUUGACAGGGGAUGUACAGAUCAAUCCCGAGGCUAGUUGCCUGAUCAUGACCACGGAGAUCCUGAGGAGUAUGCUCUAUCGGGGUGCCGAUCUCAUCCGGGAUGUGGAGUUUGUCAUCUUCGACGAGGUGCAUUAUGUCAACGAUCUUGAACGCGGCGUUGUUUGGGAGGAGGUCAUCAUCAUGCUACCAGAGCAUGUCACCCUAAUUCUCCUCUCUGCCACGGUACCCAAUACCUACGAAUUUGCUUCUUGGGUCGGUCGGACCAAGAAGAAGAACAUCUACGUCAUCUCGACACCCAAGAGACCCGUGCCGUUGGAACACUACCUUUGGGCAGGAAAGGACAUGUACAAGAUUGUUGAUUCGGAGAAGCGGUUCCUUCAACAGGGCUGGAAGGCGGCCAACGACGUUCUGUCCGGUGUCGACAAAGUCAAGGAGCAGAAAGCCAUCGAAGCGCAAACGACGGCGCGUGGUGGAACGCAACACAGAGGAGGUCGUGGCCAACAAGCCCGUGGCGGACCAAACCAGCGCGGGGCGCCAAAUCAACGUGGCGGACAACAACAGCGUGGGCGCGGUCAAGUUGCUAACCGAGGCCAAGGCAAUAUUGCGCGCACCGGUAGAGGAGGUGGCAGAACGACCGCCGCUCAAGACAGGAAUCUCUGGGUUCAUCUUGUCCAACACCUGCGCAAAGACAACCUCCUUCCUGCUUGUAUAUUUGUCUUCUCCAAGAAGCGAUGCGAAGAAAAUGCAGAUUCACUCUCCAAUCAGGAUUUUUGUACGGCCACCGAGAAAAGUGCAAUCCAUAUGACCAUUGAAAGAUCUCUUGCGCGACUGAAAGUCGAAGACCGCGUGCUACCUCAGAUCAGACGACUACGGGAAAUGCUGGGAAGAGGUGUUGCAGUCCAUCAUGGGGGUCUCCUACCGAUUGUAAAGGAGAUUGUCGAGAUCCUCUUCGCGAAGACGCUGGUGAAAGUGCUGUUUGCCACGGAAACCUUUGCUAUGGGUUUGAAUCUGCCUACGCGAACAGUGGUGUUUUCAGGAUAUCGCAAACACGAUGGUCGCGAUUUCAGAAACCUCCUGCCUGGCGAGUACACGCAAAUGGCCGGUCGUGCGGGCCGUCGUGGUCUUGACACUGUAGGUACGGUCAUCAUUGUCACUCCUGGCAGGUCGGAAGCCCCUCCUGCGGCCGAGUUGAUUCAGAUGAUUACGGGACCGGCCACAAAGCUUCGCAGCCAGUUUAGAUUACAUUACAACAUGAUCCUCAAUCUGAUGCGAGUGGAAGCAUUGAAGAUUGAGGAAAUGAUCAAGCGCAGCUUCUCAGAGAAUGCUACGCAAGCCUUGCUCCCACAGCACGAAAAGGAGGUGGCUCUAUCUCAAGCAAAUCUGGACAAGAUCAAACGUGAGCCUUGCGACAUUUGUGACAUUGACUUGGAAGCAUGCCAUGAAGCGGCCAUGCGAUACGAACAGCUUACCAAGGACUUGCACAUCAACCUACUGUCUUCACCAGUUGGCCGACGGUUAUGGACAGCUCGAAGAUUGAUUGUGUACAAAAAGGACGGCAUCCGCAAGGUCGGGGUGUUGCUGGAGGACGGAAUACGAGGAGGCCCAUUUCCGCAUCUAAAUGUGCUGGAAGUAUCCGAUGUCGACGCGACACGGUCGACGCGAGACCUGUUACCCUACCUCCCACGUCUCCGAAUGAUGUUUACGCCUCUGCCGAACCAAGCUGCCCGAGUAAAAUGUGGUCCCGUGCAGGUACCGUUGGACGAUGUGGAAUGUGUUACCCAAACGAUUGUCAAGGUCAGAGGCCCCCACUGGUACAUUAAAGUCGCGAAAGUGCAGAAGAGAUUUGCUGAAGAAGAGUUCGUCAACGUUUACUCGUCCUGGAUUUCCACGGCUUGGGACGAGCAAGAGUGGAGUAGAGUUCACGAACUGCAGGUCCGCGAGUUGCUUCUGGAGAGGAUGAAGAUGGCGCAGAUUGUGCAGAAUGCACAGUGUCUAGAUUGCCCGAACUUCGUGAAACAUUAUGGCAUGCAACACGACGAGUGGCUGAUCAAGGAGAACAUCGAGUCGUUGAAGAUGUUGAUGUCCGACCAGAACUUGGCCCUGUUGCCGGAUUACCAGCAGAGAACUGAAGUGCUCAAAGAUCUCGGGUUCAUCGACGAGCAAAGCCGAGUGCUGCUCAAGGGGAAAGUGGCAUGCGAAAUCCAUUCUGCUGACGAGUUAGUUCUGACCGAACUUAUCCUGGAGAACGUUCUGGCAUCGUUCGAACCGGAGGAAAUCGUCGCUCUUCUGUCGGCGUUCGUCUUCCAGGAGAAAACCGACAGCGAGCCACAGCUCAACGAGAAUCUGAAGCGAGGGAAAGAAGCCAUCAUCGAGAUUGCCGAGCGGGUCAACCACUACCAGAUCCUGCACCAGGUCAUCUUGUCCUCCGACGACGCCAAUGACUUUGUGUCUCGACCCAGAUUUGGUCUGGUCGAAGUCGUGUAUGAGUGGGCCAGGGGAAUGUCGUUCAACCGCAUCACCGAUCUUACAGACGUCAUGGAAGGGACGAUUGUGAGGGUGGUGACGAGGCUGGAUGAGACGUGUAGGGAGGUCAUGAGCGCCGCCAGACUAAUCGGUGAUCCGGGUCUGUACCAGAAGAUGGAGAAGGCUCGGGAGAUGAUUCGACGGGAUGUUGUCUUUACCGCCAGCUUGUACAUGUGA